AUGGCUACUCCGGAAACUUUUGACCUUCCUGCGGAGGAGAUCGAGCUGCCCUUCAGCAUUCUCGAUACCGACCUCUACAAGCUCACAAUGCAAAAUGCUGUUCUUCGCCACUUCCAUGACGCUCAAGUUGUGAUCAAGUUUACAAACCGUGCGCCUCAGAUGCGCUUUACGCGCGAGUGCUUUGAUUGGAUUCAAGAGCGCGUUAACCGUCUGGGCGAGCUCCGUCUCACCAACGAGGAGCGCAAGCGCCUCGAGGCCGCGUGCCCAUACUUCUCCGCGUCAUACCUCGACUUCCUUGCCAGCAUCCAACUCCACCCGAAGCAGCAGGUUGAGCUGAGCUUCCUCCCAGGAGCGGACGGCGCCGGCGAGAUUGCCUGCCGUAUCGAGGGUCUGUGGCGCGAGUGCAUUCUAUACGAGGUUCCCAUUAUGGCCAUCAUCUCGGAAGGAUACUUCAAGUUUGUGGACACGGACUGGACCAUGGACGGACAGUUUGAGCUUGCCAAGAAGAAGGCUCUUGACCUCCUGUCGCCCCCUGAUGGUAUCAACUCGAUUGCCUUUUCCGAGUUUGGUACUCGCAGGCGACGCAGCUUUGCUGUCCACGAUGUAGUCAUGCGCGGUCUGGCUGCUGGUCACGAGGAGUGGAAGGCCGCGGGUGGCAAGGGUGCAGGGCUUGCUGGUACCAGCAACGUCUACCUUGCGCUCAAGUACGGCAUCAAGCCCUCGGGAACGGUUGCCCACGAGUGGAUCAUGGCCAUCGGUGCCUCGUUUGGCUACGUCGACGCCAACUCUCGCGCAAUGGACAUGUGGGAGGCAGUUUACCCAGCCAACGUCAAGGAUGGACUCCCCCUCAUCAUGUUGACCGACACCUACACCGCCGAGGUCUUCUUCCGCGAGUUCUGCUCCGACCCUGCUCGUGCCCUUCGCUGGGGCGCGUUGCGACAGGACAGUGGCGACCCCUUCACCUUUGUCCGUCAGGCCAAGGCAGCCUGGGAGGAAGUUGCCCGUCUUGCGGGUACCGAGGGCCCCGCUCUUGCUGGGAAGCGCGUUGUCUUCUCGGACGCGCUCGAUGUGGUUCGCUCGAUCAACCUCCAGAAGGGUUGUGACGAGAUUGGUCUUGGUGCUGCGUUUGGUAUUGGCACGUUCCUUACCAAUGACUUUGUCAAGAAGUCGGACCCUACACAGACCAGCAAGCCCCUCAACAUGGUUAUCAAGCUUAGCCAGAUUAACGGCCAGGACUGUGUCAAGCUGUCAGACGACAAGGGCAAGCACACCGGCACCCCCAGCGAGGUCGCACGUGCCCAGCGUGAGCUGGGCCUGGCACCCUAG